AUGUCCUCAUCAGGCGCGACGAUCCAAAAUGGCCGUAUCGUGCGCCACCAACGCAGAAGAUUCUUCAGCUUCGAGCUGUACCGCGUCUCGCGGAUGAUCCAGCACCCUACGCAGAUGACGUUUCGGGAGCUCCUCUACUUUACCGGCAGCCAGAUCCUGGACCUCAUGGCCGGGCAGCAAGCACAGGACGUGUGCUAUCGGAUGAGCUUUGCCGGGUGUGGCUGGCUGUUGCUCUGGAAGGUACUAUACCUGCUCGGGGACUGGCUGGGUCUGGUCGUCCCUUGGGGUCUUAUAUGUGUGGUGGUGAUCUUCUUCGGUGAGCAGAUUUUGCAACGGAAGGGGUAG